AUGACGGUCAUUCACUGUCUUCACAUAAUGCAGAUGAAUGCAGCCGCAGAGAGUUCCAAAAUGUCAAGGCGGAGCUGCGACGGUCAAGUAAUUGUAGUUCAAGUAUCCUUAUCUUUUGACCGCUGGCCAACCUUUUACAAAGAGGUUGUUUUCAGGAUAGCAACUCUGGCCUGAUCUCCUUGACAGCAUCGACCUCGGCAAGAAUGGCUUCCGACUUGUUCUCUGACAAGCUCUUUGAAGCGUUCAUACUGCGCCGGGGGUAGUUUACACAAAACUUUGACCUAUUCAACGCACCAAAUAAUGAGACUGCUGCAAAGCUGGCCCAAAUCAACGAGGUCUACAAGCCAUACAGCCCAUAGCAGGAAGCCAUGUUUGAGCUACGUGGCAGCAGUGGAGUCCUCUGCAAGGCGAGGAUGCCGGCGCUUGGCUCUGGAACGAACUUCGACAUCAGACGCAUCGAUGCUCAUCCCUACCUUGCAACCAUCGUGAAGGGACCAGUCAAAGAAGACCCCAAGUUAUGCCAGGACUUUGUUUGGCGUCUCACAACCCAGAUUGACUUCUUCUCUCCGCGGAGAAGUCGACCUUGGCAAGAGCAGAUUGGGCGCAUGGAUGUCGAGCUGGACGGGUCAACUCACCGCGAGUAUCGUCUGAAAGACAAGGAAGAUAAAAAGGGUCAGGUCUACAAGGAGUGGGAGACUUAUGACUCGCACAAGGUGGAGCGCUGGCGAGUCGCGCUGCAGCCAAUGAUGCGCGCGCGGAGGCACGUGGCUACCCAUCUCCAUGACAAACCCUCAGAAGCUGACUUCAGGAGAGACAUCAUGGCGGGGAGAUGCAUUUUCCGCAACGGUGAUUCAUCACUGGUGGGGCCGGCAGUGGUCCAAGCUCCAGGUCCCCCCCGGCCAGCACAUCCCCAUGGGGCUGCUCGCUGCAUGCACUAG